AUGUCAAAGAUACUUGACCUUUUUGUCGCUAACCCUCAGUGGCUAUUAGGGCAGGAUAAAGAGGAUGAAGAGGAGCAACUCAAGGAUAUCCUCAAAAAAGCAACGCCUAAGUUAAAGUCUGUCGUCAAAACAGGUCAAGAACAGCAGCAGUAUUUUUUCAAAUUUAACCAGACGGGCUUUCUGAAAACAAACCUGCAAGGCCUUCCAGCAGGAUUUUUGGUCGAGGUGUCGGGCGAAGCAGGCGCUGGAAAAACAUGUUUUGCACUGGAAACAGCAGCUGCAGCACUUUUGAACGACGAAAAAAGCCACGUUCUGUUCAUUUCUUCCGAAGGGAAGUUUCCCGCGGAAAGAUUGCUGCAGAUCAUUGGCAAUGAUUGCAACAGUUACUCGGAUAGAGUCCUUGUUGAAGAAACAGAGUACCUAGAGAACUUUCUGACGCUGGUCCAGAAGCUUCCAAAUGUAUGCAAGAAAUACGAAGAUUCUGGACAUAAAAUUGCGUGCAUCAUCGUCGACUCUAUCACGGCGUUGAUGCGACUUGAAUAUGAAGCAAAAGAUUCGAUGGCGAGAGGAGACAUGCUCGAUAGUUUAUGCAGUGAUCUGAAAGAAAUUGCAACGCGCUUCAAAUUGCCCGUUCUUUUCAUCAAUCAAGUGUCUGAGAAUAUCGACGAGCCGAUGAUCCAUUGGGCCCACCGGCCGAUGUCGAAGAAGCCUUCUCUUGGAAUAACAUGGCGAUAUUUGAUGGACGAGUGUAUCUUUUUGUCGAUCGAGAAAAAUGAAAAAGAAGAGAAAGAACGAGUUCUUGAGGUUACCAAGUCCCAGCGAAUAAAAACAGUACCACUGAAGUUCAAAAUUACCAAAAAUGGCUUUGAAGAAGCGUGCUUGAUAAAUUGUAACGAGUAUUUAUUUAGUAUGGAUUCGGCAGGGGUGCGAAAGAAUCUAAACGGUGUCCACCCGAGAAUACCGAUAUCUUAUGACCUGUACAAACAAUUGAAAACGGAGGCAUCCUCAGAAAUGCAGGAAGGGAAUAUUUCCUGUUCAAAAUUCACCCCGUUGCCGUCUACUGUUGGCAAGUGCCGUCUUGCAUUCAUGGGUCGCUCAUCUAAUCCGGGGGCAAGUCCUGAUCCAAAUCUAAUGUUUGUUGAUGUUGAUCCUCUCUUGAGAAAUGUAGAUCUCUCUAACUGGAGUGAUCUUAUCAAACCGUUGAGGAUAGACGACAGAAAGAAACAGCGAAGCGUCCAACACGACUUAUUGCUCGAGCGAAAACGUCAAAGCCCGAGCAAGGGAGUCAACGACUUCAGCUUCACUGGAAACAGACUUCUGAUGCAGGGUGGAAAGAGCUCUAUUUUCUACGCGGACAUUGGGGAAAUCCCUAAGUUUGUGACGCACGAAGUUCCAGCGCUAGAUAAUGCGGCUCCUCGUAUGGACCCGAAGCUCUGUCCUGGAGAUGUUAAUUACAUGGCCUUUUAUAGAAAUGGAAAUUUGUGGCUUCAGAAUAUCGAAAAAGUUGGUGAAAUAGUUCAACUGACUAAUGCGGGUCAAGAAAACAUCGACUUUAAGGGAGUCUAUGCAGGCUGGGUCAAUUAUCUUAUUCAAGAAGAGUUCGACCGAUAUUCUGGCUAUUACUGGCAAGACACAGCUUCUCGUACGCAAAGAAUCGUGUACGAAGUCUCCGACGAAAGCGAACUUGAAACUCUGACAUACGUCAAUCAUGUUGCAGUCGCUCAGCAGAUUUGUGCAGCGGGUGGCGCGAGUUCUGGCAACGCCCGAUCAGCGGCGUCUUCUGAAGCCGUCUUUCCGUCUAGUGGAAGUAAAAAUCCAAAGACGGAUAUUCGUUUCUUGACAGUUAGCUUACCGGACAAUGAAACCGAUAAGGUGACGGUCAGGAGAUUCAAACUUCCGAUUCCGCUUAUGGAGUACUUGCCAUGGAGUGAAACCGAAAAACAAGGCUACGUCGUUCGUUACGGGUGGAUUGGAGAUAACGGCAUCUGGGCGCAUGUUCUGACUCGCUUGCAAAAUAAAUCAGCGAUCGUUUUCAUCCCCAUCAAUUCCUUUGUCGACGAAGAGAGCGAACUCCCUGACAAUUUCAUCAAUCAACAUCCUGUUUUUAUCCUCCACCAGUGGACAAGCGAAACUUGGAUAAAAGAAACUGAUUCGAUCCACUUUUUGAUCUGA